UAGCCGACGCACCAAGCAGGAAAUAGCAGCGACGAGCCAGCGACAUCCCACGAUGACAGCGCGUACAAUAUACAUGAACGUGCCUGCUGUACGGCCAGAGAAGGAAGAAAGCUUCGAGGAACGGCGCAUCAUUGACUAUCUGCACGCGUACAGCACCACUGGUCGGCCACCAAUACCAUGUCCGCAACAGCCCACUGACCCGGCUCAACGCGCUGCCCUUGGUUACCCGCCAUUGUUCGAACCAUACUCGGAAUCAGAGGGUGGCGCCGUUGCUGCGGUGAACGGCAUUGCAACAAUGAGUAGCGCAGCACCAGCCGUGGCCAAUCUCGCUGCACAGGCCUUCCGUUCGACCGAAACGACGGAGUUUGGCACGAAGGCCUCUUACCAGAGCCUUGUCGCUCAACCCGAGUACGCGUGCUACUCGCCUGAGGAGUGCCGUGUGGAAGCGUACCGAUCGGGGAAGAAGUUUGCAGCGGACGUUCCAUCUGCACCACAACGUCCGCCGCUGCUCUCUUCCAUAUCUAUAAGCGCAUCACAGUCGACACUCCCCCAGGCGGACAGCCUCCAGAGCGUCACCAGCAUGCCGCCUUACGACCAGCACAGUUUCGAGGAGCUGCGCCUUGCGUGCUUGAAGGCGGGUCGCCCGCUCACUUCUCCGGAGAUCAUCUCCCAGAAUGCCGUGCUAAGACUCACAGUCUAAAACCUCGGACAAUGGUCUGGUCUGCAGCUCCAUCAUGAUCCUCCGCAUACCCUGUACGAUCGACGUUGAC